GGUCACCUGGCCUGAUGUGAUUGGCUAAUGGUUGCUGAUGAGCUACUGAAAGAGGACUACUUGAGAGGACACCCUUCCACUUGGACCAAACGACAAGGGAAUGCAAAUUGCAAAAGCACACCUGGCCUCACCGCCUCUCUCUCUGGCACGAAUCUCUUUCUCUCACUAACUUUCACCGGCGAUGUGGGUGGUGGGAGAUGGGUUGGUGUGAAAUGGAAGGUGGAAGAGAGACGAAAGUGAAACAAAAGGAAGAAAAAGGCGAGGGAGAUUUUUGAGUGUGAGGCUUUGGGGGGAUUAUGGAUUGUGGGAAACCCUAAGUGGGUGUUGGUGUAUAAAGUGUGUUAGAAAAGAAAAGGGAGUGGAUGGUCUGGGGAUUGUUGAGGGAAGGGUUUUGUAUAAAUGGGAGGAGGUGCACAAGGAGAAGUGCUGGGAUCAGAUCUGAUUGAAAAAUUUUGCGAAGAUAAGAGGGAGACGAGAGAGAGACUGACAGAAGAGAGUGAGCACAUGCAGGCAAUUUGUAUAAGGGUAUACCUAUGCCGGUGCGUGCUCACCUCUCUUUCUGUCAGCUUCAGGUGCUGCCUCUCUCACCUCUACUAUCUCAUCCCUUCUGCUUCUGCACUUACUUCUUCCUUCGUUCUUUCUUUUCUAUAUCUAUUUAGUCUAUAUAUACUGUCUUUGCUGUUCUCCCUCUAGAAAAAAGGAAGACACCCUCCGAAAUGACAUAUCUUGCAGGCUUGACCGACCAACUUUUGCAGUUCAGUUCCCCUCCCUCUCCGGAAUCUACGGCGUUUCUCUCUCCUUACACUUUAUUUUUGUUUUCUUUCAAGAACUAAAAUUAAAAUCUCCCUCUCUGUACCCUCUUAAUGAUUGGAGUUGAACAAGGCAAGAACUUUGAUGAGAAGUUCAUCGGAGAGGCCCGGCAAAAGCCUUGUAUGGCUUUUUCGAUUUCUGGAUGAAGAGAAUACGACCAUCAGUGGUUCGAAUGUAUAUAGAAAGAAAAUUUCUUCUUUUACAUUUCUUACCAUUAGAUAGUGUCCAUAAAUCUCAUGAUAGGUACUCAAAGAUUCAUACUGAACUUAGAUGGGAGCUUCUGAUCUAGUUGCCACCGGAGGCGACUGAGGGCAGCAGUUUAGUUGUUUGCAUUUUAUUUCUUUUUCUUUGAUAUUUUUUCGGAAUAUAAUAUUUAUAAUGGUGCUUGAAAGCGUGACUUUUGAUGGUCCUCUUGUUGGAGAGGACGAAGUUGAAGGUACGCCUGGUUCCUGUACAGAUUUAACGGAAAACUGUAUUUUUUUUUGGAAUAUAAAUUCUACAUGUUCACGUUAUUAGCUUGUUUCAAAAGCCCUCUCUUUCUCUCCUCCCCUCCUUUGUCUAGUGGAGCCUGCGAUGUCUACUGGACCAUUUUCCGGAGCUUUCAUAUAAUUCUUUGGCUCCUUGAUGUGGGUUUCGUAUCACGGAGUCGUUGUAUGAAGAAAGAGUGGUCCUUUUGGGAAUGAGUCAUUGUGCAUGGUUCCCAAUAUGGGAAGAUUCCCUUGUUUCCAUAUCUGGGGAGAUACGGACUAUUUUAUUGCCUUGUCCGAAAACUAUUGCAGAAGAGAUUUCCUUAUACAGCACUUAUUGCUUGGUGCUGGGAGCAAUAGUCAGCUUCACCAUAAAAUCACCCAGAAUUAGAAUGGAAGAGGAAAUAUUAAGUGUAAUAUCAAAUGGAGGAACAAAUGUGAUUGUAGAAGCUUCAGAUUCGAACAGCAGCAGUCUCCCAUUUCAUGGAAGCAAGCGCACAAAACAGGGUAUUAGUGUCUCUUCUGGAAGGUUCAAAGGGGUUGUACCUCAGCAAAAUGGGCACUGGGGUGCACAAAUAUAUGCCAACCACCAGCGAAUUUGGCUUGGUACAUAUAAAUCAGAAACUGAAGCAGCAAUGGCUUAUGAUAGUGCAGCCAUCAAGCUCCGAAGUGGGGACAAUCACAGGAAUUUUCCAUGGACUAACCUCACCAUUCAAGAGCCCAACUUCCAAAGUUUUUUCAGUACUGAAACGGUAGUAAACAUGAUUAAGGAUGGCUCCUACCCAUCCAAGUUUGCUGAAUUUCUGAAGACUGAAUCACAGAGAGGAGAAACAGAAGUACUCAGUCUUGACCAAGUGGGUGUGCACCGGAAUGGAAGGUUUAUGUGUAGGCUUCUUUUCCAGAAGGAGCUUACCCCAAGUGAUGUGGGUAAGCUCAACAGGCUUGUGAUCCCAAAGAAAUAUGCUACUAAGCACUUUCCUCCUAUUUCUGAAAGCGCGGAAGAAAAUGAGGUUGGUGGUGCAGCAGCCGACAUGCAGCUGGUUUUUUAUGACAGGUUAAUGAGGCUAUGGAAAUUCCGGUACUGCUAUUGGAGAAGUAGCCAGAGUUAUGUCUUCACAAGGGGUUGGAAUCGGUUUGUAAAGGACAAAGAACUAAAUGAAAAUGACAUUGUUACUUUCUACCUGUGUGAGUAUGGACAAGGGACAAAAGAGGGCCGAACAUUCUGCAUGAUUGAUGUAGCUUAUGACAGGAGCACUGAUGGCCGGGAUGCAAACAAUGGUAGCUUUGUUGAAGGGCCUAAUCGAUAUGUUGGGCUGCAAAUCGAGUUGCAACAAGAUCUGAAGCAAAAUAUCGGGUAUAACAAGCAUGAGAGGAAAUCCCAAGAAGAGGAAGAGUCUGUGGGAACUGAACCAGCACUUGAGGGGCAGAAAAAAGGUCUUAGACUUUUCGGUGUACAAAUUGGCUGAAAAGAACAUGGUUUCGGCACUGAUUUUGCAUUCUCUUAUUAUUUCAUAGAUCAGUUUCCGGUGAUAUUGUUAGUUGAAUUCAUUACAGGAGUAGUUUAGGUGUUAAAUGGAAACAGUGGCAUCCUUGAGGAGGAUACUUGUUGAGUUCAUUUCAUGAGUAGUUUUGCUGUUAAGUGGAAACAGUAGUAUCCUUGAGGAUGCUGAUAAUUUGGCAGAAUAUUGAAAUAUGUACUUUCCAUUGUCCCCCAAAACAACAAUUGGACAUCAA